GAAAUGCUUACACGUUUAACUUUGCUAAAAGAUGAAGUGCAAAAGUCAGUACCAAUGUUCGAACUUGAACCUCACUGGACAAAUAUUGUUCAUGAUAGCGAUGAAUUAAGCAAACAUGCUUAUGAACAGCAGGAAGCCAUUUGGGAAUUUGUUACAACGGAACAUCGAUAUUUGCAGGCAACUAAUCUUUUCCUUCUAAAACAAAUGAAUGAACUUUGUCAAUGGUUUCUAAAAAUGCAAGAAAUUGGUUAUAUGCGUGAUAUUGAUCCGCGUCGCGUCUUUCUUAAUUAUCCCGAACUUUAUGUUCAUAAUUCGAAAUUUUGGAAGAAAGCGGUGCUACCAAUGCUGCAAACUUCAAGAAAUAAUGGCACUCCACUUGACCCGGCAAUCCUGAAAUCCGGUUUUGAACGAAUUGAUGAAUGGUGGCCUUGUUAUACAACUUUCAUUUAUGGACAUGCUGAUUGUCAUAGCUACGUGCAGAAAUGUCAAAAAGAAAAUGAACUAUUUCGUGAAUUUGUUACGUGGGCAGAAUCGCAAGAUACGAUGAGGCGACAACGUUUAUUAGACGCUUUAACGAAUCCGAUGCAACGUCUUACGAGAUAUAGCUUACUCCUUAAAGCUGUUCUCAAGCAUACUGUUGAUGAUACUGAACGGGAAACUGUUCAGGAUAUGAUAGUACGCAUUGAAAAAGCAACACGAAAUGUUGAAGAAACAUUGAAUAACAAUGAUUUACAAAAUAAACUCAAUGAAUUAUCGAAAGCGAUUGAAAGUUACGAGGCUGUUGACUGUGAAGAAUUCGAAAAAAUUUUUCCAUUUAAAUGUUAUAUUCGUUUGGCUGAUCCAAUGCCAUAUUUUGUGGGACAACCACAAUUUCGUCGUGUUUAUUUGCGUGCUGAUUUAAAGAUGAAAGAUGGCAAACAGGGAACAAAGGUUGAUGCACAUUGCAUUCUAUUCACCGAUCUCUUCCUCAUUUGUAAAGCUUCAAACAAACGUUAUGAUCGACUAAGAAUACUUAAGCCACCAAUACAUAUCGCUAAAAUGUGCCUUCAGCGAUUUCCCGACUACUCUGGCUUUGUAAUAGCACCGAUUAACGAUUUCGGUAUGCCAUCAGCAUUAUACUAUCUAUCGACUCCAUCAAUUGAGGAAACCCGAAAAUGGCUUGAAAUGACUAAUAUGGCGCUAAGGGAUUUUUAUCGCUUGAAGCCUUUAAGUCCGCAGCAAUGUUUGUUAGGUAUUUCGAUGGGAUUAUAUAAUGAGUUUGGAUUAAACGAUGAUACAGAUCAUAAUCGUUCCAGUAAUAGUAGUGGUAGUAAUCAAGAUUUAAUCAAUCAAGAGAUUAUACAUCGAAAAAGUUCCAGUAUGGAUUCUCAAAUGAUUGCUGAACAUAAUCGUAUUGCCAAUCAAAUUGAUCGAUUAUUAAAAGAAGGACAAAAUGUUGGUAGUGGAAUUUGUGGCAAUAUUAAAAAUAAUUCUUUAUCACAUCAUAAAUUAGCUGUUGUGGUCAAUGAUGAUCGUUCAUUACCAUCAUUAGUUAGCACAACAUUAAAUGGUCAAUCAAAAUCAUCCACAGAUUUACAUUUUGCUUCGAAAUCUGUCGAACAUUUGGAAUCACCAAAUGUACAUCGUCGAUCACGAUCAAAUUCUUCCGGACCAACUAAUGCUGUUAAUGAUAGGAUUUCCUCGAAUAAUUCAUCGAAGUUAGCAUUUUCCACUCAUUUAUAUGAUAAAGAACAUGCAUAUGUCAGUGAUACGCCACCAUCCACAUCGUUGGAACAUCGAGAAAGAUGUGGUGAUCAUCGUGCAUCCCAAGGUACCUUAGAUAGUAGCCCAGAUUUUUCCGAGCAACGAAUCGCUGAACGACAAGAUGAAAUGGUGCGAUCUUCCUCACCUUCAACUAUCAUAGCUAAUGCAAAUGAUGAAAGUGCUGGAUUAUCAUCUUCUCAGAUGUCAAAUGCACGUCGUUUUGAACGACGUUAUCAUACAUCAGAUGGUAUUGAUAUUACUAAGCCGAAGGUACCAACAAAUUUGCCGCCUGGAAUUUUGAAACGAUUCUCCUGGAAUGUUUCAACAGCUGUUGGUGGUUCAUCCAGAAAAAUAACGAAUCGAAUGAAUGAACAGAAUAUUCGGCGUCAGUCACAAUCAACGGUAGCAUCAUCGGAAUCAUUCAGCUCAUCAACAUCCGGUUUCAGUACUGCUUCAUCAUAUAUGGAAGGUUCUACUGUUACAGAGGAAAUGACUCCAAUAGGUGAUUUUGAUAUGCAUAUUUCAACAGUAGCAAUAGGAGAACAAUUGGAGGACGUAGCGGAAGAUACGCGAACUCUGAAAAUUCAACUUAGUGAUGAGAAUAUUGAUGAAAUUGAAAAGAAAGAAACGAUAACUGUUCCACCUCCACUUCCUGAUGCACCACCACCGUCGUUAAAUGGUAAAGAGAAUGGAGCGGGAUUUGGUUCCGCUACCGCUGCUCUUCCUUCCGCAACCGCAGUUUCAAUACCGAUAGCAUUUAAUAAAGGUGCUGAAGUGACAAAUUGCGUUAAACAGCAAGAAUUACUGAAAUUCAUCAUGGAUAAUCAUCUGGAAACCUCCGAUGUAUAA